CCAGGAGUCGGAAACUCGGAGGAACUUGGAAGAACUCGGAGCGACUCGGCGAAACUCGUCAUGGGUAUGGAGAAGCGAACGGUCAAGAUUCUCAUCGUUGUCAUAGUUGCUCUACUUGUCAUCGGUGGAAUAAUUGGAUUGCUGCUUGGACUUCUGCUAAACCAACGUUAUGUUCAGUUGGAGGUUUGGCCGCGGUCAGAUGACUACUAUACCCACUGGGAGCAGCCCGUGAUACAGUUCCGGCCACGCGACCCUGGCAGCUGGCACCACUGGGUACAGCGCAUCAAUGACUUCUUGCGAGAAUACGAGACAACAGUCCCGGAGGACCCGCCCCGCGCUCCGUGCACCACGCAACGCCGUGAUCAGUACGCACUGCGCUCCGAUACGUGCGACCUAGCCAUGAGGAUGUGGUCACCCUGCACGGCUGAUGAGUUCUACGGAUACGCUGCCGGGAAGCCCUGCGUGUUCCUUCGCCUGACGCAUAUUCACUACUGGGUCCCUGAACCGUAUAACAUCUCCACACCAUUGCCGAUCCCGAUGGAAAUGCCUGAAAACUUGAAACAAAUUAUGCAACAAAGACCAGCACAUCUCUACGGUGACUUCGUGUGGGUAUCCUGCGAUGGCGAGUUCGGUGCUGACCAGGAGAACAUCGGUCCUAUCCAGUACAUCCCGGCCAACCUGCCGCCAGGGUUCCCCACCAGCCGGCUGCAUACAGCUGACAGGAUCCCAAGGUCUGCGCGCAACCUUCCGGACCAGAUUCCACCGCCGUUGGUUGCCGUAUUCUUUGAGAAUCCUCGACGAGGAGUGCUCAUCAACGUGGAGUGCCGCGUGUGGUCCCGGGACAUCUACUAUGACCGCUCCAGCCGCGUUGGCCGCGCGCGCUUCGAACUAUUCGUUGAAUAAGCACCAUACAACAUAGCAUAACAUAACAUAGCAUCACGCCUGUAUCUCCGAAAGGGUAGGCAGAGGUGUAUAAUGCUUAUAUACGCCCACUCGCCAGCCAACACCCACAGAAUAAUACUUUCCUAGAUUUCCAGGAACAGAGAAAGGGUUUAGUCUUUUAAGGAACCCAAAAUUUUUAUGUAGGUAUGGAAAUGGAGAUUAUAAUUUAGGAAUUUAUAAAGAAGUACUUACUUACUUGCUGAUUCGUCUACCUAAAACAUUAAAAACAAAAACAAUAUUUUUGACAUUAAAAAAGAAUGUAAUGUUACCUACUUACUUACUAAUGUACUUAUAGGUAGGGUUCUUGCUUAGAAAAUACGACUUUCCUUACAGCUUUUGCAAUCAAUUAAUAAUAAUUAGGCUGAUUAAUGUAUUAAGAUAAUAGUUGUAAGGCGUUAUAAGUCUGCUUAACAAUAAAAUACUUAGUUUUUCCGAAAAACGCCAAAACAAAAUAAAUAUAGGUACUUAUCGGUAAUUACGUACAAUAAAAUCUUCGUAAAAUGCAUCAUUAUUUUGGUUAACUGUGAAAUCUUACUUCUUACUUACUUCUAAAUUUAAAACACUCCGUUGUAAAUAUUUCUUAAAGUAAAUAACUUAAAAUACU